UUUUCUUUUUCAGUUUUUUUUUUCUUUGCAAUUCUUUUUUCGCUUUUUGCCGUUGAUUUUCCCCCUCGAUUUAUGCCGAAUUCAUUUAUCUAUUUUUCGCAAAACCCACCUGGAAAAAUCCCGAAUUUCGGUUUCUUCUGGUUUCUCAUCGGAUUUCAGGCGGAAAACAGAGAGAAAGAAGGGGGGGGAGGUGUGGAAGAGAGAAUUUUUGCGGCAAAUUUUGGCUUUUUUGUGUGAAAUUAUGGUUGGUCAGUUCCACUGGGAAAAUCCCGCGUUUCCCUCUUUUGAUUGAAUUCGUAAUACGAUUUGUUAAUUCAGUAUCGAGUUCGAUCGCUUUUUUUUUUUCCAGGAAAAAUAGAUAAAACCAGGGGGGGUUUAGGGUUUAAAAACCACUUCUUCUUUUUUUUCUUGAGAACUCGAAGAAGAAUUUCUUAAAUGCAUCACUAUUUCACGUCAGAUUUCCAGUUAACGACCAUGUCUGGGGCUGAACCGCCAUACGGGUCGGGUUUGCCCGGCAACCCGAGCCCGACUUCUCAGCAGCAAGUGGCCAGCAACAUGCGCUUGAGUUACAGUACCGACGGCACGGCUGUUUACAAGCCCGUCGCCGCCGUGUCGCCCACUUACCAUCAGCCUGGUAACGGUAGCGUCCACGGCGAUGAAACUGGGCCCGGGCUCACGGGAGAGCCCGUCAAGAGGAAGCGGGGCCGGCCCAGGAAGUAUUCCCCCGAUGGCGGGUUCGCUUCUCCCCCAGCGGGUGGGGCGGCCCCGACCAAGGCGGGCAGGAGAGGCAGAGGUCGGCCGCGGGGUUCCGGCAACAAGCCCCGAGUGGAUACCGUUAAUGGUCGUGAAACUCGCUCACCAGCAGGAAAAACAGCAGGCGGAUUUGUGCCCCACAUCAUUACAGUCAAAGCUGGAGAGGACGUAUCUGCGAAGAUAAUUUCAUUCUCCCAGACUGGUCCCAGAUGUGUCUGCAUUCUGUCCGCAAAUGGAGUGAUAUCUAAUGUUACAUUAAAUCAAGCAGCAACUUCUGGCGGAACUGUAACUUACGAGGGAAGGUUUGAGAUUAUCUCUCUUUCGGGUUCCUUCCUGCUCUCAGAGAGCAAUGGUCACCGCAGCAGAACUGGGGGCUUGAGUGUGGCUUUGGCUGGUCCAGAUGGCCGUGUUUUGGGCGGUGGUGUGGCAGGGCUGCUAAUUGCAGCAAAGUCAGUUCAGGUAAUUGUUGGCAGUUUCGCUGCAAAGGGCUCAAAGGAGUCUAGAUCGUCAAGCAAUCCACCCGAUCCUUUAGCUGCUUCAUCAAGAUAUAUGCCUGGAGUAUCGGCCAGCGAAAGCCCGCCAUCUCGUGGAACCGUCAGUGGAUCGUCCGGUGUUGCUCUAAGCCCACUCAGCCAUAGCGCAGGCGCCUGCAACAAUUUGCAAGGCCUAGUGAAUGUGCCCUGGAAAUAGACUGGCGGGCUGUCAACGAUGGUCAUGUUCAGGGGUUGCAUUUUUUCUUUCAUAGGCAUCGGGGGGGCCCCCUUUUUUUUCAUCUUUCAUUCCGAUACAGAACAUUCGCCUUCUAAUAAAAGCUGUUCAUAAGCAUGUAGAGCGCGCACUCUUCAGUCCUGCUGUCCUUGCAGGCUGCGUUUAAGAGACUCGAGUAAAGAUUUUUUUCACAUAUUAUACUUCUCUGGACAAAGAAGUUAAAUGAGGAGGCAUAUGAUUUGGACA